AUGAAGAAAAUAUCAGAGAAGGAGAAGGCGAUCAUAGAAGAAUUAUUCCGAAAAUACGAUCUUGAUAAUGACGACAAGAUGGAUUUGAGUGAGCUAGAUAACCUUUUGUCAGAUAUGGGUUUCAAGUUCUCAAAAGACGAAACAGAAGCAAUUCACUUGUUUUUAGAUAAAGAUGGCAGCAAUUCUUUAUGCUUCAAAGAGUUCUAUGAAUGCUGGGAAGCACUUGCAAGCAAGAAAGGAAUUUUGAGACCUGAAAAACUGGCGCUGCUUGUCAGCGCAGCUAAAAUGUUUAAAUCUUUCGACCAGGACAAGGAUGCUUGCCUUUCAUCUGACGAGUUCAGACAAUUUUACAAUAUUUUAAACACCAAGUACAACAAUCUGGAUUCGUUUGAAGAUACACUCAAAUCAUUAGACAAAGAUGGAAAUCAAGCUGUGCAUUUUCAUGAAUUUGUAAUGGUGCUGAACUGGUUCACUGGAUGA